GUUUCCUUUCGCCGUUAUCCCAUAAACAUGCAACCUCGUAAUCAUAUGACCAAUGAAGGUUAAAAGGUCUUUGUUUUAAUUAAAAUAUAACAAAGAAAAAAGGUAAAUAAGUGAAUAUGUAUUUGAAACUUCAAAGGAUAUUGCCGCCCAAAUGUGUAUAUUCAUUAGGAUUAGGAGUAGUAAGUCGAAGAUGGCAGCAUGGUCAAAAGAGAACGAGAGAUUAUGAUCUGGUUGUAGUGGGUGGAGGCAUUGUAGGUACCGCGUCAGCGAGAGAAAUCUUGAAUCGACAUCCUACAAUGAAAAUUGCAAUUUUGGAAAAGGAAUCAAAAUUGGCAGUCCAUCAAAGCGGUCAUAAUUCUGGUGUAAUACACGCCGGCAUAUACUACAAGCCGGGUACGCUUAAAGCAAAGCUUUGUGUUGAAGGUCUACAUCUUGCCUAUAAAUAUCUGGAUGCAAAGGGAAUUCCAUACAAGAAAUGUGGAAAACUGAUUGUUGCCACUGAUGACCUGGAAGUAUCUCGCUUGAUGGAUCUGCGUGAAAGAGGCCUUAAGAAUAAUGUACCGGAUCUAAAGCUUAUAGAAGGAAAAGAAAUUCAAGAAAUCGAACCUUAUUGCAAGGGAGUUAAAGCGCUAUGGAGCCCACAUACAGGUAUUGUUGAUUGGGGUUUAGUGACUGAGCACUUUGGGCAGGACUUCAAACAAAUCGGCGGUGAUAUAUACAUGAACUUCAAUGUAACUAAAUUUGAGGAAUCUACGGAAGAAGGUUCUUCGGAAUUCCCAGUCACUAUAUGUGGAGAACACCCCUAUCAAAAGAUUCGAUCUAAACAUGUACUAACAUGUGGUGGUCUACAGUCAGAUUUAAUUGCCGAAAAGACCGGAUGUUCACGCUCUCCCCGAAUUGUGCCGUUUAGAGGAGAAUAUUUACUGUUGGCAAAGGAGAAAUGCCAUAUGGUCAGAGGCAAUAUAUAUCCAGUGCCUGAUCCCAGAUUUCCUUUUUUGGGUGUACAUUUUACACCACGCAUGGAUGGAAGCGUAUGGCUAGGCCCAAAUGCUGUACUAGCAUUUAAAAGGGAGGGGUACAGAUGGGGAGACAUAAAUCUUGUUGAACUCAUGGACGCUCUGCGAUAUCCCGGAUUUUUAAAAAUGGCUUCGAAAUAUAUAGGCUUUGGAAUGAAUGAGAUAAGCAAAUCUGCUUUUAUUCCACUACAGGUAAAAGAUCUGCAGAAAUUCAUUCCUGAUAUAACCGAGUAUGACGUUAGUCGUGGACCCGCUGGUGUCCGGGCACAAGCCUUGGAUAUGGAUGGCAAUUUGGUUGACGAUUUCGUUUUCGAUCGUGGAGUGGGAAAAGGACCCCUAUCAAAACGUGUUUUACACUGCCGCAAUGCUCCAUCACCUGGGGCAACUAGCAGCUUAGCAAUAGCAAAAAUGGUUGCCGACAAAAUCGAGCAAGAGUUUAAUAUUAAAUAAAAAACCACCCAUACUAUGUUUUUUUUUCUUAUUAUAAUUAUGAACAGAUACAUUAUUGGCUAAAAUGUGUAUUUGAAAUUAACCAAAACAUUAACCAAACUGAAAUUAUUCCUUAUUGUUCCAUUUGUUAUUAUAAAACUUUAUCUAUUUAAUCGAUUUUUUGUUUAUAUUGUAUUAUUGGCAUAUUAAAUGUAUUUAGUAAUGUGUUCCUCGCCGCUUGGUUUUGGCAUGUUCAGUAAUAAUACGUGUUCGACCAUAGGAGCAAAAUAUGUAUAAUUAAUUUUGUAACUACCUAGCGCAUAAUUGUAAUUGCCGUUUUGGCUUGUCAUUCGUUAAACGGUCCCCUUAAACAGGUUAAAGUACAAUUGAUAUUCGCCAUUAAACUUUGUUGAAAACCUCGAAGACAAAAAUCUUCCAAGGGUAUUUUACAUGUAGCGACAAAAUUAUAAUUGAUAUUUGCAAUGAAACUUUGUUGUAAGCCUCGAAAACAAAAAAUAUGCAUUUUUAUUACAAUUUGCCGGACAAUUUUUUGUCAU